GGUCAACCCCCGCAGCAGUCCGCCGGUCCGCCAGUCGCACCCUGCACCUCCUCCAGCGAGGACUCGCCCGUCGCCAGCGCGAAGGAGUUUCUCUUGUUCGUUUCCCGUCCGCGUCGCAUGGCGGCCCCGCUCACCCGUGCGCUGUGGCUGCUCGUCGGCCUGCUGGGAUGCGAGGCGUUCAACCUGGACACGGAGCACGUCCAGCGGAAGAGCGGGGAGCCGGGCAGCCUGUUCGGCUUCUCGCUCGCGCUGCACCGGCAGCUGGAGCCGCAGGACAAGAGAAUGCUGCUGGUUGGUGCCCCGAAAGCGAAAGCCACAAAAGGUCAAAAGGCUAAAGUGACAGGAGGCCUCUACAGCUGUGACACGAGCUCCAUCUCAACCAGCUGCGUCAGAGUUAACUUUGAUGAUGAAGAGGAUUUAACCUCAGAAAGCAAAGAGAACCAGUGGAUGGGAGUGUCAGUCAGCAGUCAGGGGCCAGGAGGGAAGAUUGUGACCUGUGCCCAUCGCUACCAGCGACGGGCCAAUGUGAACAGUGCCAUGGCGUCCCGGGACAUUCUCGGCCGCUGCUACGUGCUGAGUCAGAACUUGAAAAUCAGUCCCGGAUUGGAAGAAGAAGGAGGUGAUUGGCACUUUUGUGACCGUCGGGCCAGAGGCCACGAGAUGUUCGGCUCCUGCCAACAGGGCCUCUCUGCCACAUUCGACAAGGACUACCACUACCUCAUCUUCGGGGCUCCUGGAGCAUACAACUGGAGAGGCGUGGUGCGGUUAGAACAAAGAAAUUUGAGCUUAGUAGAUCAGGGCAUCUUUGAUGAUGGUCCUUUUGAGACGGGAGGUGAGAGUGAAAAGAACCCCAACCUGGUCCCUGCCCCUGCCAACAGCUACCUGGGCUUCUCUCUGGACUCAGGGAGGAGUUUGACCAAGAAGGGUUAUCUGACAGUGGUGGCGGGAGCUCCCAGGGCAAACCACAGCGGGGCGGUGGUGCUGAUGAAGAUAGGCCUGGAUUUAAGCAAAAGCUUGGUCGGAGAGUACACGCUGGAAGGCGAAGGGCUGGCCUCGUCUUUCGGCUACGAUCUGGCUGUGCUGGAUCUCAACGGGGACGGUUGGCAGGACAUAGUUGUGGGAGCCCCUCAGUACUUUGAGAAGGAUGGAAAAAUCGGUGGAGCCGUCUACGUCUAUGUCAACCAAGCAGGAGACUGGAACAAAGUCAAACCAACCAGAAUAGACGGACCUAUGGACUCCAUGUUUGGCCUGGCUGUGGAAAGCCUGGGAGACAUCAAUCUGGAUGGUUACCAUGAUUUUGCCGUCGGAGCUCCUUAUGCGGACGAGGGUUCAGGGAAUGUUUACAUCUACAGCGGAUCCGCCACAGGUCUCAGCUCUAAAAAAGCUUUACAGGUGCUGUCAGGCAAGCCUUUAGGUGUUAGGAUGUUUGGCUACUCUUUGGCAGGCAACAUGGAUCUGGAUAAGAACUCCUACCCUGACCUGGCUGUCGGAUCCCUCUCGGACUCUGUCUUUGUCUACAAAUCCCGUCCCGUUAUUAACAUCAAGAAAGAAAUCAAUUUCUCACCGAAGGAAAUCGACCUUACCAAGAAGAACUGUGGCAGCAGCUUCUGCUUGGAUAUUGAGGCAUGCUUCACCUACACUGCCAACCCCAAGAGCUACGCUCCCAAACUGACGGUGGUGUACUCCCUGGUGGCGGACGCUGACCUUACGCGGGAUGGUCUCAUUCACAGGGGGACCUUCAUUGGGUCCUCCGCCUCUGACAAAGUCUAUGAAUCCAAAGGGACCAUCACCAUGAACAGCAAAGGGGCAAAACAGUGUGUAACACGUAAACUUGCCAUACAGGAAAAUAUUCGAGACAAGCUGCGCGGGAUCCCGAUCGACGUGUCUGUGGACAUCCAGGAAGCCAAGCGUAAACGCAGGCAGAGCUCGGCUUCUCUGGCACCUGUCCUGGACCCCAGAGACCCGAUGACAACCCGAUCACAGGUGCAUUUCCUGAAGGAAGGUUGUGGCAUAGACAACGUUUGCCAGAGCAACUUGCAGGUGGAAUAUCGCUACGGCCACAGGGCGACUGACAAAGACACGUUUGUUCCAUUAGAACUGGACAAUGGCAUGCCCCUGAUCUCGCUCAGCAAUCAGAAUGACAUCGCCUUGGAGGUCACGGUAACAAACCUCAAUGGAGACGACGCACAUGAAGCCUCUUUGGCGGCCUCCUUCCCGCGCUCCCUGGCCUACUCUACUUACGUUGUUCCUCCUAGUGAUCGGCAUGUCACCUGCAGAGCCAAUAAAGAUGGUUCUAAGUUGGACUGUGACCUGGGAAACCCCUUCAAACGUGACUCAAAGGCGACCAUCUACAUUAUUUUGGGUACAGCAGGCAUCUCUGUCAGUACGACUGAACUGGAGAUUGAUCUCCAGUUUAAUACUACAAGCGACCAGCAGAACAUAGCUCCUGUCAAAGCAAAGGCAAAGGUGGCCAUCAUGUUGCAGCUGUCUGUGACAGGACAAAUCCAGCCGUCCCAGGUUUACUUUUCAGGAGAGGCCAAAGACGAUCGAGCCAUGAAGACUGAAAGUGACACUGGCAUUGCCAUCACACAUCAGUUCAGAAUAAUCAACCUGGGAAAGCCCUUGAAAGACUUUGGCAGCGCCUCCCUCAACAUCAUGUGGCCAAAGGGGACGACCCAGGGCAAGCGGCUGCUCUACCUGAUGAAGAUCAGCUCCACUGGAGUGGACAAGUUAGACUGCUCCCCUAAAGACGAGAUCAACAGCCUUGGGCUGGAACCAAGUAGUACCAGAGCAAGGAGAUCAGCAGGAAGCUCCAAGAGAAGUGAUGAGGGCACCCUUUCCCGUUUUACUGAGACCAAGGAGUCAAUAGCUCUGUCCUGUGACAACGGGGCACAAUGUGUGACCAUCAAGUGCCCCCUGCGGGGCCUGGACAGUAAUGCAGUCAUCACGGUCCACUCUCGCCUCUGGAACAGCACCUUCAUCAAGGACUAUUCCAAGAUGCAUCACGUGGAGGUGAUAGUGAAGGCCUCUCUGCACGUGGACAGCACAUCAAAGAACACAUUCCUGAAAAAUGCAGAGACACAGGCGAGACUGACGGUGUUCCCAGAGAUGCUUGCAGCUCAGUAUGGAGGAGUACCGUGGUGGAUCAUAGUGCUGUCCAUCCUCUUCCUGCUGCUGCUGUUGGGCCUUUUGGCUUUCCUUCUCUGGAAGUGUGGCUUUUUUAAUCUUGCCAUAUAUGAAGACAAGGUUCCCAGUUACAAUGCGGUUUGGAUCAAACGGGAGGAGAGGGCAAUAAACACUGGAAAUGGUAACUGGGACAACCUGGAAAAGAAGCCCUGGAUUACUACCUGGCACGACAGCGAACAUUAUUCUUAACAGAAAUCUGACUCAAUACAGAUUCCUGUCACUUUCAACUGAACUCCCAAUUUCACUGGUGUCGUUUUUCCUGCCCCAUCUUUGCACAGCUUGGACUGUAAAUAUCAAGAAACAAAAUCCUUAAAAAAAACAAUUUUUUUUUUCUAAAACUUAAAUACUUCAUCACACAUUCUGCUUAAAGGGCUGAUUGAUCUCAGAGAGUCUGAAUGAAUCACUGGAAGGAGAGUUGCAGUGUGGGAGAUGGUCCUGCACAACUGCGGUUUGUGUGUCACAGCUUUACUGCUUGUUUUUGAACAUUGACUGUGGACAGUGUUGACUGGGUGAGGGAGGGAUUUACACUUUUUGUACAUUUAAAAAAAACGUUUUGCAGAAUUGUUUGUAUUUAUUCUCCGUGAGUGCUUUGUUACGUGCUCUACAGGCCAAAGAAUCAUGCAAUGUAUAUAUUCACAGGCAACUUUUUGUCAACUACAAUGCAUCCACCCCAAUGUUUAAGACGGAGCAUCUUGCUUGAAUGUUGAUCAAUUGGUUUGUAUUUCAGUCUCAAGGUGCCUCAGAUUGUAUGUUCCCAAUUAACUGCAGCUUAACAGUUAUUAAAUAUUCUGUAAACUUACUGCACAGUCUCUGCGGAAUCCACCUUUAAUUCACUGGCUCUGAAAAAGGACUAAAUUUAGAGCAAACAGUUUCUUGAAUAAAAAUGUUUUUGUUAUA